GCCUCGUUUUCAACGCAAGCCGCCAUUGCUGAGAGAAUCUGCCCGUUUCGACUUUAGUGAUAGGUUCAAUCUGAAACAUUUCAGGUGCUGGAGUCGGAACGGUAGCUAGGUGAACUCGACUCGAGAGAAGAUGAUUCGCCUACCAUUCAGACAGCUUCUGGCGCGUCCAGCCACGUGGGCCGCCCUCGCCUUGCGCGCCGAGUCUACGACGGCUGCGGCGCCCGAGCCGGAGAAAGUCGAAGUGUUCAUCGACGGGAAACAAGUGCUCGUGAACCCCGGCACGACGAUCCUCCAAGCGGCAGCACAGGUCGGCAUCGACAUCCCGCGCUUCUGCUACCACGACCGGCUGUCGAUUGCCGGCAACUGCCGCAUGUGCCUCGUCGAAGUCGAGCGUUCGCCGAAGCCGGUCGCGGCAUGCGCGAUGCCCGUCAUGAAGGGCUGGAAGGUGAGGACGGACUCGGACAUGACGCGAAAGGCUCGCGAGGGCGUCAUGGAGUUCCUGCUCGUCAACCACCCGCUCGACUGCCCGAUCUGCGACCAGGGUGGCGAGUGCGACCUCCAGGACCAGUCGAUGACCUUCGGCUCGGACAAGGGCCGCUUCACGGACAUCAAGUACACGGGAAAGCGCGCCGUCGAGGACAAGAACAUCGGGCCGCUCGUGAAGACGAUCAUGACUCGCUGCAUCCAGUGCACGCGCUGCGUGAGGUUCGGCAGCGAGGUCGCCGGCAUCGAGGUUCUCGGAACGCCGGGCCGCGGCAACGACAUGCAGAUCGGAACCUACGUGGAGAAGCUCUUCGCGUCGGAGCUCUCCGGAAACGUCAUCGACCUUUGUCCCGUCGGUGCGCUUACGUCUAAGCCGUACGCGUUCACGGCUCGACCGUGGGAGCUAAGGAGGGUGGAGAGCAUCGAUGUGAUGGACGCGAUAGGCAGCAACAUCGUAGUGAACACUCGUACUGGUGAGGUAAUGAGGAUCCUGCCGCGCGUUAACGAGGAGGUUAACGAGGAGUGGAUCUCCGACAAGACGCGCUUCGCCUACGACGGCCUCGCCCGGCAGCGUCUCACCGAGCCGAUGAUGAAGGACGAGAGCGGCGCGCUGAAGCCCUGCGACUGGGAGGAAGGCCUUUUCAAGGUCGCCGAGAAGCUGCAGACGGUGAAGGAGGGCGAGACGGCAGCCAUUGUUGGUGGCAUGGUCGACUCGGAGGCGCUCAUCUGCCUCAAGGACCUCGUCAACAAGGUCGGCGGUGAGACGGUCUGCACGGAGGAGGCCUUCCCGCUAGAGGGCGCCGGCACGGACCUGCGCGCCAACUACGUGCUGGGCUCGAGCAUCGUGGGGGUCGAGGAGGCUGACCUCGUCGUGUUCAUCGGCACGAACCCGCGCUACGAGGCUCCGAUCUUCAACGCGCGCGUCCGCAAAGCGUACGUCCACAACGAGCUGCGCGUGGCCGUCGUCGGCACCCCCGUCGACCUCACCUACGAGUACGACCACCUCGGUGGCGACGCCGGCACCCUCUCGCGUCUCGUCGACGGUUCGCACCCGUUCUGCGCGACGAUGAAGGCGAGCAAGCGGCCCGUGGUCGUCGUCGGGUCCGCGGCGCUGCAGGGGGCGGGCGGCGCUGGCGUGCACGCAGGCGCGGUUGCGCUGGCGGCGUCGCUGCGCGCGUCGAGCGGCUGCGGCGACGGAUGGAGCGUCUUCAACGUGCUGCAUCGCGUCGCGAGCCAGGUCGGCGCACUCGACCUUGGCUACACGCCCGGCGCGGCGGCGAUCCGCGCGCGCCAGCCCAAGCUGCUGCUGAUGCUCGGCGCCGACGAGGGAGCGGUGACGCGCACCGACCUCCCCGCCGACUGCUUCGUCGUUUACCAGGGUCACCACGGCGACCGCGGCGCCGAGAUGGCCGACGUCGUGCUCCCCGGCGGCGCGUACACGGAGAAGACGGCGACCUACGUGAACACGGAGGGUCGCCCCCAGGUGGCGCAGGCGGCGCUGACGCCGCCCGGGUUCGCGCGCGAGGACUGGAAGGUGCUGCGGGCGCUGUCGGAGGUCGCUGGGGUCACGCUGCCGUACGACACGGCCGCAGACGUGCGGCGACGCCUCGCCGACGUCGCGCCCGCCUUCGCGCGCCCCGAGCAGGUAGAGGGUGCCGGCUUCUUCGCGCAGGCGGCGGAGCUCGCGAAGGGGGCGCCGGCGCCGGCGGGGGAGCUGCGGCCUCCCCAGGUGGCGCUGAAGGACUUCUACAUGACGGACGCGGUGUCGCGGGCCUCCCGCACAAUGGCGAAGUGCGUGAAGGCCGCGCAGGACGAUGAGAAGAGCAUGUGGAAGGGAGUCUGAUCGCCACGGCGACAGCGUCUGACUCUGACGGCGUAAGUUAUUCUAUAGAGGCACCGGUCUUUUCUUCCGAAAUUCGCGCGUCCAACAGCGGUACCGUGCGCAGCUUAUAAUUUCCCCUCAGCGUUAGGCACUCCAGAGAUGCAGUUUCAAAGUUAAUACACGUGUGGCUUCCUUGGGGCGGCUGGUGCGGUCGUCAAAGGGGGCACGCGCGCGGUUAGAAGCGGUGAUUCGUGAGAAAAAUUCAUAAAAUGUGCAGCUGCGGUCAAACUUGUGCUAGAACUUACGUCGAGGUCCUGUUCUUGGUUAAGACUGACGACGUAACGAUCAAAGCAGCAGUUUUUUGCUGAGUGAGGGAUUAAAAACGAGGCUUCACGGAUGAUGUAGAGUUGAAUAUUUGGAGCGGCAGCCGUUGUUGUACGCGAUAGCAUUGAUAGAACAGCCAGCACGUAAUGAGCAGAAAAAUGUGCAGUUGUGUUGCUUUGUAUGGGUGUUAAAAAUACAUAGUUCGUUUAAUGUAUGGAGAAAAAGAUGUUCACUCUUUCUCUGAUCUUGUCUACGGAACAAUACUGGUGGCUUGCUUUAUCGUACCCACACAAAAUUACUCUGUCAAUUGCAUUUUCACAGCUGCGUUAUAAACCAUGUUUGCAACAAACAGCAAAAUAGCCCCACCAACUUAUUCACCCACCAUUGAAAUGCUACAUUAGGUCAUCACGUGACGUAACCACGAGAGAAAUUUUACAUGUUUUGCAGGGGGAAAAGAAAUAAAACCAGCAGGUAAACCUUUGUAAUGCAUGGCUGAAAUAUUUACUCCAAAAAUAUAACAAACAUGUACACUUCACCAAAAGGACAAGUAUCUCGGUGAUGUGGUAAGUCACAUCAGUCUACCUAAACAUGUUUUACUUUCAUAUUUUACUGACAAGGUUAGAACCAAAACAAGCUACUGGGUCAAAGGCUUAGGAUAAUUCCUAAUAUUUUAUCAUCUCAUGCUAAAUUACAUAACAGAUCUUCAGUACUUCAUUUAGUUUCUAACAAUAAUAGCACAGCAGUACACUGAAUGUGUAGUUUACAGAGGAUUGCACCCGACAGUCUAAAUGCAAUACGUGUCGCAGUUUCUACCAUCAAAUUCCUAGGCUGAAGCACAAAAAUAAGUUAGUUGUCUUCAAUUCGUCGCUAUGAUAGCCCAUAACUAAGCUAGUACGCUUUAUAGCACUAAAAUACUAUUUAACAACAACCCAGUGACAUGCACUACAUUACCGACGUCUGCUAUUAAAACCUACGCGCCAGAAUCGAUUGCAUCCACUCCUGAUUUGACAAUCACUACUAUGUACAAAGCAGUGUCAUUAUAUGCAACAAUAAUAAAACAUGUAUUACAAACACCAGAAGCAGCAGGCAUGAAGAAGUCGAUGAGAAGAGACCCUCGCUAUACCAAGACACCCUUGUCCAUGAUAAGAGACAAUGAUAUUUAAUUAUUACCGUAAAUACGUGGACAACGUCACAAACAACUGCAUUCAACACCCGAUACCAAUGUGCACAAUUGAUUUUAUACAGGACGAGUCACCACACCUGCUGUGGAGAGUAAAAGGGAAAUGUUAUGAAGUGACAGUUGCAGUUGUUUACAAACCAAACUGCAUACUAAAGCAACGAUUAAGCUGGGAUAAGACCCACAACAUUGGGAUGAAAAAUGCGCACUUAAAUCGCAAAUCCGGUGGUUAGUAUUUCAAGUCGAUGGGAUUUCAUUUGGUUUGGUUUCGUCGGUUGGUACAUUCUUGCCAUCAGCUGUUUAUCGUUUAUACGUUUUCUAACAAGGCAUUUUUGCUCAUGUUAUUGAAAUGAAAAAUCAAAGCUGUAACUUGCAAUGGUGUGCUAUAACAAUAAGAGUUGUAGUAUAAUAUAAUUAUGCCCAUUACUUGUAAAACCCGUAGUGGCAACUAAUGACGUACGUUGCAUUUCGCACAGUUUUAUACAUUCAUUAUUUGAAACUGAAAGGCUAAUGUUAGUGAAUAUUAUUUUCGAACAGAUAAAAAGAAAUACCAAUUAGAUUAACAUAAACAACAUUGAUUGGUAACAGUGCAUUUCUUACCAUUUUGCUGUGAAGAGCAACAUAACAACCGACAGCUACUUGGUAAAUCUCACUGCAAUGUUAGUCAGAUCUUAAGCCAACAAUUAUAACUUAAUUAACGUCAAAUAUAUAGCACUGCACGCUGAUAUAGGGUCCCCCCUCUCUUAGUGUCACCCAGGACUCACCUCGCGCAAUGCUACAGAUCUAAGUUAGUGCGUACUAUCUUGCGUACAGUCCACGCGAAAAACAAUUUGCACGGCCACUGGCACUUACGCUGCAUACCAAAACGAAUUUGAAUGCAAAAUCUCAGUUAUGGACCCAUUGACGGAUAUUUUGCGUUAGUGUGUUACUCUCAAUAAGCUUAUCGGGGAGGCAAUUUGCAUUAAAUGUUUUCUGCUAAUCCUCUAUUUGAGGCCGGGGCUCGGCGCGUCGCGCCGUUAGAAUGCGCGCGAUGCCGGCUGGGGCGCGCGGAGCGGGAAAUGGAUCGACAUUUUUCGGAAAUGCUGAAAGCGUACGGCGGGCAUUGACCCCCUCCCCCCCAGCGUACGGUUUGUACGCCUGUGAAAAUGUUGAUAAUUGUGAACGACCCCUAAGACUCUGAACAAUUGUUGGUUAAAAAAA